GGGACUCCCCGUGAGGAGGAGGAGAAGAGCCGGCGCUUUGCUCCUGCCUUCGGGGCGGACUGAACAAAGGAAGGAAGGGGUCCCUCUUCCGAGUGGGAACGAAGCCAAGAAAGGGAGCGGAGUUUCUCGCCGGCCGUUUGGGCUCAAAGUUCCUCUCGCGGAGGAGAAGGAGAAGGGAAGGGCCCAGGAAAGGGGAAGGCGAGGCGGCGAUGCUGUCCAACUCCCAGAACCAGGGCCCUCCCGCCCUGUUCCCCAACCCUCCCCCUCCGCCCCCUCCUCCGCCGCCUCAGCAGCAACAAUUGGCCCCCCAACAGCAACAGCAGCAGCAGCAAUUCCCUCAGUUCCACCUCAAGUCCGCCCUGCCGAUCAAGAAGAACGCCAUCACGGAUGACUACAAGGUCACCACGCAGGUCCUGGGGCUGGGCAUCAACGGGAAAGUCCUGGAGAUCUUCAACAAGAAGACCGGGGACAAGUUCGCCCUCAAGAUGCUACAAGAUUGUCCGAAAGCACGCAGAGAGGUGGAGCUCCACUGGAGGGCAUCUCAGUGUGCACAUAUCGUGAAGAUUAUAGAUGUCUAUGAAAACCUUUACCAGGGUCGAAAAUGUCUUCUCAUAGUCAUGGAAUGUUUGGAUGGUGGUGAACUCUUCAGUCGAAUUCAAGACAGAGGAGACCAAGCUUUCACAGAAAGAGAGGCUUCUGAAAUAAUGAAGAGCAUUGGAGAAGCCAUUCAGUAUUUACAUUCAAUCAAUAUCGCACAUCGAGAUGUUAAGCCAGAAAACCUCCUAUAUACUUCAAAAAGACCGAAUGCUGUAUUAAAACUAACAGACUUUGGAUUUGCCAAAGAAACCACCACACAUAACUCCUUAGCUACGCCAUGCUACACACCAUACUACGUAGCUCCAGAAGUAUUAGGCCCAGAGAAAUACGACAAGUCCUGUGACAUGUGGUCCCUUGGUGUCAUCAUGUAUAUUUUGCUGUGUGGUUAUCCCCCCUUCUACUCCAACCAUGGUCUGGCCAUUUCUCCAGGCAUGAAGAAACGAAUCCGAAUGGGUCAAUAUGAAUUCCCAAACCCGGAGUGGUCUGAAGUAUCAGAGGAAGUCAAACAGCUGAUUAGAAAUUUACUGAAAACGGAUCCAACACAGCGAAUGACUAUAACAGAGUUCAUGAAUCACCCUUGGAUCAUGCAGUCAAUGCAGGUGCCACAGACACCGCUGCACACUAGUAGAGUUUUGAAAGAAGAGAAAGACCUAUGGGAGGAUGUCAAGGAAGAGAUGACAAGUGCCUUGGCCACCAUGAGAGUGGAUUAUGAACAAAUCAAGAUUAAGAAAAUUGAAGACUCAUCUAAUCCAUUGCUUAUGAAGAGGCGGAAGAAAGCCACUGCCCCUGAACCUACAGCACUCCCUCACUGAGGGCUCAGUAGAGCCAAUCCCAAUGGUUGUGAAAGCAAUAACUAUAUCUAUAUAUUUUUAAAACAAAUCAGAGAUAAGACUGUCAUAUCAAGCGCAUGGAAUUCAGAUCUUUAUACCAGACUAGUUAUUUUUUUAGCUGCCCCUCGUGAUUCUGGCCUAUCUAGGGCCAGGCAGGAGACAGCUGCACUCUGUACAAUACAUAAUACUAUUAUAUUUUUAUUUUUGUCCUGUAGGGGAAAGUAUUUUCAGUAAUUGGGUUUUUAUUGGUUAAAAUCUCCUGCUUUUCUCUCCCCCCCCCCCCCCCCGAGACACUGAAAUUCCUGUGAUCAGCAUAUUUAAGGGGAAAUAUAUACACAUACAUACAUAUAUACAUAUGUAUAUGUAUAGAUCUCACUACUGUAGAGCUGAACUCCAGACAGUCAGAGUCCUGUGCUAAGUACUGUGUCGUUUUUAACAGUUAAAGGCUAUCAGUUUGCAUCAAAAGAAGAAUCAAGGCUGUUGAAGAAAUGCCACCUGAAUCAAAGGCAUUGUUGAUACUGUGGUCUUCAUUAAACACCAGUAACCAUUCCUUUGCAGUUGGACCUAAAGUACGGUUUACAGGUCCUAGGAGAUACUCAAUUGUCCCAUGUGCAAGAUACCUCUUUAAACUGGAAGCCCCCCCCCCCCAAAUGUCUUUCUCCUUUCUCACUCCUGGUCUUCUUCUUUCUCCACCUCCCUCCCUCCAUUUCUUUGGGUAUGCACAGGAUUAUUUUCCCCUUAAUUGUGAGUUUGUGGAUAGUAUGUAACAAUGUGCUAGGAUAUGUAUUAAAUGUCUAUAAGUAUAGACAGGAAGGCCCCACCCCACUUUUGUAUUCUUGAAUUUUUGAGGGGCAGCUGUCGAAUCUAUAAUGCACCCAGAAUUCAAUUAUUAUCUCAGGGUUAUUUGGGUGAGUGGGGCGGAAAGCUGUUGCGUGAUGGUUGAUUGUUCUGUUUCACUAGCUGAGAUGACCUUCCCAAAGCACUAUGCCAGCAUAUAUCCUGUUGCCUAGUUUCCAUCACCAUCUCAUUCAACAUAAAAGCCUACAUUUUGGUGCAAUUUAAAAAUCCUGAAGUCAGUUGGCAGGCUCAUAUCCUCUCCAACAAUGAAUCUUUUUCUACUGGCUGCUGUUUUAAGGAACAAUAAUGGAACAGCCACUUAUCUUUACCAAGAAUCCACAACUCAUUGGAAUGCUCAACAAAGUCUGAAAUCAGAGUUCUCCAUCCCAUUGCACAAUAGCCUGAAGUUUGGGUGGGUACAAUUUGUCAUCUCCCCACUUUAAUGGAGUACCUUAAAAAUAGGGCUCUGUUGGGUGGACUUCUUGAUGUCUUUGGGUGUUAACUUGACAACAUAACAGAACUGCUAAUAAUAUGGUAAGAAGUCCUACUCAUGAAACCAAAAGACUUCGCUGGAAUUUGAAGGAGACAAGAUAGAACCUGUAUGGGCUAUAGGCUUCCUCCGUUGUUCUAGUUUCUGCUAGGAGACAGCUGCCUGAAGUCAAGCCCUCUUAAGGCUUAGUAUAAGUACUUUUGGUUAAGUACUUUCUACAAGAAAAAGGUAAAAGGUACCUUAACAUAAAAUAUUGCCUCGCUCUGUUGGUGGUCAAUUCACUUGUCUGACUCUUUUGAUAUAUUUUUAGUCCAUGAAUGAAUAUCGUUUGCCAUGUUUGUUUCACUGGCAUUUUAAUGUUUUUAAAAAAAUCCACACUUUCUUUUCUUUUCUUUUUUUAAAAGAAAGGUCUAGCUUUUAGGUGACAUUUUAGACACUGUAUGGAAUUUUCAUUUGUAAAAAAAGUUUCAUUAUUUUUUUUUUGGUUGGUGUCUCAUGCUGAAACAAAUUCUUUGAUUUGCGUUCUCCAUUCUGGAUUAAAGACACCUAAUACAACAGA